UGAAAAGGUAAAGUGAUCAUUACUGGAGCGAUCUGAUUGGCUACCCGAUUAAAUUCCCGAUCAGGGAAGCCCGUAGCGUGGCCUAGUGAGAGAAGGGAAGCAACUUCUUGUCUAUCUGCUUUUAAGCGCUUUGUUGCGGUGUUUUCUGGCUUUAGUUGUCUUCAACGAAACAUCACAGGUCCAACAUGUGUGGCAUAUGGGCGAUAUUCGGCAGUGACGAUGACGUGUCCAAGCAGUGCGCGAGUGCUCUCCGGAUCGGCCACCGCGGCCCCGACUGCUUCCGCCUCGAGAACAUCAACCACUUCAAGAACUGCUGCUUUGGCUUCCACCGAUUGGCCAUCGUGGGCGACACCUACGGCAUGCAGCCAAUGAGAGUCCACAGAUACCCCCAAAUAUGGCUGUGCUACAACGGAGAGAUCUACAACUACAGACGGGUGGCCGAGCAGUUUGGGUUUAACUACGAGACUGACUGUGACGGUGAGGCCAUCAUCAGCCUGUACAUGCACGGUGGGAUUGAGUUCGCUGCUAAACACCUGGAUGGAGUCUUCGCUUUCAUUCUGUUGGACACACAGCAGAAGAGGGUGUACCUUGGACGGGACACGUACGGAGUCCGCCCCAUGUUUCGCCUGCUGAAGGACGAUGGCUUCCUGGCUGUCUGCUCAGAGGCGAAGGGCUUGAUGGGACUGAGCCACGGCCAUGACGACCAUGAGGUCAACAUCGACCCCUUCCCGCCGGGUCACUUCGAGACCUACGACCUCAGCCCCAACGGCAAGGUCACCUUGAAGGAAUGCGCCAGGUUCCACAAGAUCGGAGACAUGCCCAAAUAUGAUGCUCUUGUCAAGCCACUGGGUCGGAUUGGCUGCCUGUUGUCAGGUGGUCUUGACUCCAGCCUGAUCUCAGCCCUGCUGCUGAAACAUGCCAAGAAGUCCGGGAUCAUCUACCCCGUGCAGACGUACGCUAUCGGGAUGGAGGGCAGUCCGGACGUGGAGGCUGCCAGGACGGUUGCAAAGUACAUCGGCAGUGAGCACCACGAGGUGUCCUUCACCCCAGAGGAGGGAAUCCAGGCCAUUGAGGAUGUCAUCUACAGUCUGGAGAGUUAUGACAUCACGACCAUCCGGGCAUCUGUAGGUAUGUACCUGGUGUCCCAGUACAUCCGUACCAAGACUGACUCUGUUGUCAUAUUCUCUGGGGAGGGGUCUGAUGAACUGGCUCAGGGGUACAUCUACUUCAACAAGGCUCCCUCAGCUGAAGAGGCUGACGUGGAGAGUCGGCGGUUGCUAGGAGACCUCUACAUGUACGAUGUCCUGAGGGGAGACAGAACCACAAGUGCUCAUGGUCUGGAGCUGCGAGUGCCCUUCCUGGACCACAUGUUCACCGGCUACUACCUGUCCCUGCCGCCCGAGGUGAGGCGCUCCAAGGACGGCAUCGAGAAGUACACCCUUCGGAAGGCGUUUGACGGAACCGGCCUCCUGCCCGACGAGAUCCUGUGGCGCCCGAAGGAGGCCUUCAGCGACGGCGUGUCGUCGGUGAAGAAGUCCUGGUAUGAGACCCUCCAGGAGUAUGUAGAAGAACAGAUCAAUGACCAGAUGAUGGAGGACGCGCCCAAGACGUUCCCCUUCAACCCGCCGCGCACCAAGGAGGCGUACUACUUCCGCCAGAUCUUCGAGAAACACUUUCCCAGCAAGUCCAGGUGGAUCCCUUACUACUGGAUGCCUCGCUGGAGCCAGACCAACGACCCCUCCGCCCGCACCCUCAAGCACUACAAGGACUCCAGCUAAGGAGAGACACCUAGCAGGAUGUGGCAGUACUACAGUGUCUGUUUUCAUGUGAGAAAUGGUGUUGUGAUAAUCAGUGAUGUCGCCAAAUUUGUGCAGAUAGUCUAGAUAUUCGAUGCUAAGAAGAGACACCUAGCAGUAUGUGAUAGUACUACAGUGACUGUUAAUUGUUAGAAAUGGUGUUGUGUUAAUCAGUGAUAUCUGCCAAAUUUGUGUAGAUGGUUUAGAUGUUACAUGAGAGGUGUCAAAACGUGGGAAGUUCAUACUGUGGCCGUAAGCUCUGAAUAGUCAUUGUGCAAUUGUAGGUUCUUGCGCUAUCAGUAGUUAUGCUCAAAUUCCCUACUAUAUUUGUUUAUUCCGUUGAAAAAAGAUGUCAUUCGAAAGCUAGUUCAAAUGUGCAGUUUUUACUUUGAUUUUACCAUUUCUUGCCUUAUUUUAUGAUGCAUUAUUUGAUGGGUUGGGGUGUUACUCAGGACAAAAUUCUACAGCUGUCUUAACUAUUUGUUGCCUAGAAUUUGUACUGCUUUGAUUUUACUAUUUUUUGCCUUCUUUUACUUAGGUUUAAGAUGCGUUGUUUGAUGAUUUGGGCAAAGUUUGGGGUGUCACUCAGGAAGAAAUUCCACUGAAGAAUAUCUUUAUUUCUGAUUUUCAGUUCCUGGAAUUUGCACGGCUCAAUAAUUUGUGUUGUUAUACAGUCAUUGCUUAUAACCUUUGUAUUCUUCCUGGUGGAAAAUUAUAAACAAAAAGCCCUCAUGAGAUUUAAACACCUUUCUGUUUCUGGGUAAAAUUUGCAAUCAUUUAUGAUAUUUUAGAAUCCCAGUCCAUCUAUGUCCCUGACAAACACUCUCUGAAUGUUACUUGCAGAAUAUGUGGAAUAUUACAGUAUCUCAGUUUGCCUUAAACAGCUACAAUUCAAAGGAAAAAUAGAUUGGCUAUCUUAAUAAGUCAAAGUUCAACCUUGUUGGUACACAAUCUGGUGUCUGGCUACUUCGUAUCCUACCUCUAGUUCAUAGCUUCAAUUUUAAGAUAUGCCCUUUCCAAAAAGCCAUGUCGAGGAAAGGCAAGACCCACAAAUUUCUAUGUUUUCAUUGUUGUAAGAUGGCAGUGACAAGAAUUUAUAUACAUGACAUAGUCUCUUGUGAUCCUGGCUUUUUUGUACCUUGGGAAAGCUAUUCUGGCAGCCUCCAAAUUGUAUACCAAAAAUUUGCAAUACUUUAUAUUUUUAAUGAAAGUCCCAACUUUACAAUCAAAUUAUAGUAGCCACAGCAUUUUCGAAGGGUGUAACAUGAUAUUUAUUUUGCUGAAGAAAGUAAGGUAUUCUUGUAAUAUGGUUGUGAAGAAAUAGCAAUCGUGUCUAAAAUUAACCAAUAGAUUCAUGUAUGCAAUGGUAUGUAUGUAGUAUAAACUAUAGAGUUUGAAUAUUAUGAACUUUGUAAG